ACGCCUCCGCCCGGAGCGUAUUGAGCGGAGGAGGAGCCGGCGGCCAUGGCGUCCGAGCUGGGCUUCUCCCCGCCCGAGGUCCCCGAGCCGACGUUCCUGGAGCACGUCCUCCGCUACGGCCUCUUCCUGGGAGCCGUGUUCCAGCUCAUCUGCAUCCUGGCCAUCGUCUUCCCCGCCGCCAAACCCCACCAGCCGGAAGCGGAGCCGCCGGAGGCCAGAGGUCCGGAGUCGUCCAAGAAGCCCAAGAUGUCCGCCCCUCCCCUCGGCAAGAAGCUGAAGAAGGAGACCAAGAAGAAGCGCUAGGCGAGAGGCCGGGGGCGCAGGGGGAUGGGACGCGGCCCCCCGAACUCACCGCGGGCCCGGCGGGGAGCUCACCGCCCCGUCCGUCCCCCCCAGGGUGGACCGGACUUCCCGGGGGUGGAAGGGAGAAGGCCCAGGGGGGGCGCGGAAACCCGGGGGGGACGGCCGGGGUCCGUCCGCCUUCAACCCGCUCUCCACGGUGGCGGCGCCUCGUUCGAGGUAGAACUCGGGCGACGAGGGGCGUCCGCUUCGGGGCUCCACGGCCCGGGGGGGUGGGCCGAGGCUGCGGGGGUCCCGCGGACUCACCCCGAUCCGCCGCAGACUCAAGCUGUUCGGGUUGGAGACCGCGUGUGCCGUAUACUCACGCUGUUCGGUGUAGAGGUUGUGCACACCCUAUACUCAUUCAUUCAUUCAGUCGGAUUUAUUGAGCGCUUACUGUGUGCCGAGCACUGUACUAAGCGCUUGGGAAGUACAAGUUGGCAGCGUAGAGAGACGGUCCCUACCCGACAGCGGGCUCACAGUCUAUACUACUCACAGACUAUACUCACACUGUUCGGUAGAGAAGCAGCGCGGCUCAGUGGAAAGAGCCCGGGCUUUGGAG